AUCAUUGUGUCAGUUGCCAUAUAUAAAUGAAGGAUUCUGAGAUGAGGUACAUCAUGAACAUCACCAUGUUGCAACAAGUACUCGUUCUGGUGGUUCUUUUUAACGUUGUUUCAUCAACUUCCAUCAUCAAGACGCUACCAGGCUUCUCCGGUGACCUCCCCUUCAAACUCGAAACUGGGUACGUUGGAGUAGGUGACUUGGAUGAUGUGCAGCUAUUCUAUUACUUCAUUGAAUCUGAGGGUAGUCCUGAGUAUGACCCUCUUGUGCUUUGGCUCACUGGUGGUCCUGGUUGUUCUGGGUUUUCUGCUCUUGUCUAUGAAAAUAUAGGUCCACUAUCAUUUGACCCUGCAAAUUCCAUUGGCAACAAGCCACAGUUGAAGUUGAACCCAUACUCAUGGACAAAGGUCGCCAACAUUAUAUUCUUAGAUGCACCUGUGGGCACUGGUUACUCAUAUGCAAAAACUUGGGAAGGAUACAGCAAUAUGAGUGACACAUUAUCAGCUGCAGAGACUUAUGAAUUUCUCAGAAAGUGGCUUAUGGAUCACCCCAAGUUCCUUGAAAAUGCACUCUAUGUUGCCGGAGAUUCUUAUUCGGGCAUUGUUCUUCCUAUUAUUGUUCAGGAAAUAUCUGAUGGUAAUACUCUUACAUUUACCCUUUAA